GCAACUGCAUCAGUAUCAAACAAAGUAAUUUUUACACGAUUAAUCCAGAAUCCGCACAUGAUUUUCAACUCACCCACCUAAUGACAAGCCCCAUGAUCAAAUUCAAGCACCAUCAGACGGCUGAGAACUCUUGCGCAAAUUACCAUCUUUAUGCAAGUGCUCAACAUUGCUCUUGUUAAUAAUCAUUCGGAAAAGGUCAAGUCAUACGCAGACAACGACGGAAGGGAAGGGAACCUCGAUCAGUUCCUCCUCCUUUCUGCGAAACCAAUUCCUCUUCCGUUCUCUUUCUCUCUGUCUCCGUCUCCCUAGUUUCAACCAUUACAGGUGUCUGGACGGCAUUAGUUUUAAAUGUCGGCCUUCCGAGCUUUCUUGAACAGUCCUGUGGGUCCCAAAACAACUCAUUUUUGGGGUCCUGUUGCAAAUUGGGGCUUCGUUGUUGCUGGCUUGGUGGACAUGCAGAAGCCUCCUGAAAUGAUAUCCGGAAAUAUGACUGCAGCAAUGUGUAUUUAUUCGGGGUUGUUCAUGAGGUUUGCAUGGAUGGUACAGCCACGCAAUUAUCUGCUUCUAGCAUGCCAUGCCUCAAAUGAGACAGUGCAGCUUUAUCAACUCUCACGUUGGGCUAGGGCUCAGGGGUAUUUGGAGCAUAAGAAAGAGGAAGCUGAAAAAGAGUAACUUGUAGAUAGUACUUUGUUAUCCUCUUCAAGAUGCUGGAUUUUUACUCUCUUUUUGUCAGAUGAUAUUGUUUAUGUUCUGCUGCAUAACCAUCAUAAAUUCCAUUUGCACCAAAUGUAGUGCCUAGAUCUUGUUUUCCCCCACCACUGACUAGAACCAUUUUUCUAAUUAAUCUUGUCUUUUUUGUCA